AUGAAGCGCGUCGGAAAGAGGAAGGAGGAGGAUCGGAUGUCCUCGCAGAGCUGUGGAGGUGUCGGGAUGAAGGCGGAGGAGGAUGACGUGGAUGGGUCGAAGGGCGGGGACUUCGUUAGCAACGGCAGUCCUGCAAGGGAUGAUGCAGAUGCGUGGGGAGCAGCUACUGCGCUGAUUGAACUCUUCUCACGCAACGAGAAAGGCCCGAUAGCAGACGAAGCUGAGAGAGGAAGGCGAGGAGAUGCCCAUUCCCUCCGUUGCUCCGAGGCCCACAACACGCAGACUCCCAAUCACGACACUCAUGCUAAAUCUUCUCCUGACGUGAAGGAGGCGCAGCAAGACAGGCUAAGAAUCUCUCCAUCCUUGUCCUCCUCCAACCAGCAGCUGCUAGCCUCGCCAUACAUGGCCAACCUCAUGCUUGCCAGCAAGGAAGACAGAAAUUUCCAGCUGUCGCCGAGGUCGCUGGCCAAGACUGAAGCUGAGAACAAGCACAACAAAUAUUGUCAUUUCUGCCAGCACAUUAAGGUCAAGAAGGCGAGGAGCAUGAGGGCCUGUUCCAACGCCGAGUGUGCGAGGAGAUUCUGCGAGCAUUGUCUUCUUUUCCACCUCAAGGAGGAGCCCGAGAGCAUGACGCCGACUUGGAGAUGUCCGAUAUGCAGGAGGUAA